AACAGCUACUGAUUGACUCAACUGAAUAUGUGGUUUUGUUCUAAUUUGCUAUUAAAAUGGAGUCUUGUAUUGCUGUCUGAAAUGAAGUUGAGAUUAGCACUGAGUGUCUAACUUCAGGUUUAUUUUAAUAUAAUAGUGUUAUUUAACUGUUACAUAGCUGUGUGUUCCCAUCAUGAGUCCUGAUGAAGUUAGUAAGGAGAGUCUCCACAGAGCUAAUGAGAGAUGGCCACAGUGACUAGACAUGUGAUGAGGAAAAUACAGACUUCAUGUGACCCAUGGCUAAGGAGCGGCUCAUAGAAGAAGACAAACACCCAUUUGUGUUGUUUUCUUCAGUCAGUACUAAACCACCAAGGAGAAUCCACCAGUCAGACAGGCGUUCUCUUGGAUGAAACCAAAGCGAACAGGAUGCAAACCAUAAAGACGGUGGAGACCCAAGUCCCCUUUCUAAAAGAGAGUUUCUUCACUACCACGUUCAAAGGCCGGCGGAAGAGCAGUGUUACCAAUAUCCUCCGUAAACAGCAACACUCUCUUCUUAAUCAACAGCAGUGUAUUUUAGAGCAUCAGCCACACAGUCCUAAGCUCUUUCAUUCUCAUCCAGUUGAAAAUGGACCGGGGCAGCAAACCCCCCAGCAUCACCGACUUGCUCGCUCAACCAGCAGCCCGUUAUGCAAGGCAGCUGAGAAUGCAGAAGCAGAUGGGGAUAGAAAGGAGGAGCAAAAAGAGAGAAAGGCUCAGAAUGUGAGAGAGGCUGAGCUGGAAAGGGGGGGAGAGGGAGCAGUGAGUGGUAGUGAGCCCGUGGCUGUCACUGCCAGUCUCCUCCUCCUUUCAUCAUCAGCCUCAGCAGUGCUGGGGGAGCCAGCAUCAUCCUCACAGCUGCCGAUAACUGUGGUGGGCAGACAGCAGGGAUUAGCUGGCUCUGAAAGGGCUCUGACCAACAGAGGACCGGCGGCAGCAGUAGCUCAUGAGGAAGCCGAGCAUGCCCAAUCUCGACCCCAGCAUCAUGGCCUAUUAGCCAAAGGUGUUCGUCUACUCAGGAACAUGGGGAACCAGGAAGCAAAGCAGAAGAAAGGAGGAGCCAGCGGUGGACCAACAGGGGAUGUUUCUUGUGAUGGUGAGGCAGAGGAGCGAGAAGUGGACAAAAAAUCCAAAAAGUCCUACAAUAAAACAAAUAAAGGAGCAGGAGAACAUGGUGGUAAGAAGAAAUCAAAGUCUGAGUCAAAGGGUUCUGUGUUUUCUGGAAUGAAGAUCAGGAAGAGUUUAUCCAAGGUGAAAGGGUUGUCUAAGGAUGAUAUGUUGGAAGAUGGGAGAUCAGCACAUGUUGGCAAAGCAGGGGUCGAGUCUGGUGCAGAGAAAAGCCUGUCAGCUGAUGAGAUGGGCAUGCUGUCAGAUGUUGAGGGGGAUCUAACCCAUUUAACUGCAGACAGCCACGAAUCUAUGGGCGAUGAGACUGGCCGGAAGACAAGUUCAGGGUCAGAUGCUGAACUCUACAGUUUUCACUCAGCGACUGAAAGUGAAGACCUGCUCUCUGAUAUCCAGCAGGCCAUGAGAGACCAAGGUGUUGCCAGUGAAAUUGUUACCAGACACUUAUCUGAAGUGUCUGGUAACAAUAUGUCAACUUUGGAGGGGAGCAAAAUUCCUGAGACCGGAAUAUCUCACCAACUAUUUAAUCUGGAUGAAGACUGUUUCUCCCCACCUCUUGUUAGUGAAAGUGUACCUCAAGAACUGAAUGAUAAGUGUAAGAGACUGGAGAAUGAAAGGAGUGACAUAUCUAUAUCAAGAAUUUCAUCUGGUCCAGGGUCUCUGAGUGAGAGUGGUCCUUCAUCUUCUGCUCCAGACACAGAGAGAAGCAGUGGCAGCCUUUUUCCAAAAACUAACAGCACUUAUAGCUUUCAAGACACUACAGCCACCACCACCUCAUAUGAAAGUGCUGAGGAGCCCCAGGAUGAACUGGAGAGCCUGUUUUUGACUCCACAUCAGGGUCAAGGUAGUCAGGCUGUACUUGGCAAAAACACAUCAUGUGACCAUUUAGAUUCCAUAAUGGUAGGGACAGGGCCAACUGGUACUCAAAAAAGUGCAAGCAGCAUGGACCUGUCUGUUGAGAGGGAGGAUGAAGAAAGUGGUGGGCGGGACUUUCUGUCUCUAGAAAGGAGAAAAAAUAGUCUGUCUAUUAGCCACCUGAUAAUAGACAGUCCCCCUGUUUUUCAGCCUAGACGAAGAUCAUCCAACUCCCCCUCCACUGUCAAAUUCUACCCACCUGUCCACCCUUCCUAUAUUAAGACCACCACCAGGCAGCUCACCUCUCCAGUUGGCUCCCCCAUUACCAGCCCUCACGUGCCUCGGAAAACAGAUCCCAUCAGUGGAUCACUGGAAUCCAACAAGGUCCAAGGGUUUAGGAGACGCAAGCAGAGGUCCUGCUCCAUAGCUGGGCCGCACAGUGUGUCUGCAGACUGGUCGUCUGAGGUUGAUGAGCUUAGUGGAAGACAUGAUGAUGGGGCCAAAUUUCCAGAUCAGGAGACCACAGAGAAGAGUUACACAGGUGGGACUUACUGGACGCUGGGCUCUAGGAGAGCACACUAUGGAAAGCAGACGUCUGCUGCUCCAGUACCCUACCUGGAUGUCUUCUCUGGUCGCGCUCUUUUGGACAGGCUGUGUAUGCAUCAAGGAGAUGGGUCCUCUGAAGAGGAUGUGAAAGAACUGUGUCAACGAAUGCUUGUCCAGGGUCUCCUGCACCCCUUCAGCAACGGGCGUGCAGAGCUCCUUGGUGACAGUACUGUGUCACCAGUUUUUAAUGAAGAGCAGCUGUACACCUGGGCAUCUGUAGGCUUGCCAGUGUCUCCUUACCUUUGGGAACUCUAUGGAGGGGCAACCACAGGCAGGGUACAGAGCUUGAGAUCCUCUUUCCAUCAAUCAUCAGCCAAAACACCAGGUGCUCCACACGUUCAGACAGAAUGCAGCAAGUUGAAGUCAGGUCAGUCAUCCUCUGAGGAUGAAAGCAGUCUCAUCCCACUGCUGGAGAGGACCAUUGAUGACCUGCGGAUUAAGAUAGCUGUGUUGCAAGGCCAGCAGGCCUCCCUGGCAAAGGGCAUCAGGGAUAAUAUGGGAGUUCUGGGCAAUGGUCACCACAAGGCCUCACAGAUAAAAGAAGGACGAUUGGGGAAGAUGAGCCAGGAGGUGUCUACCCAGACGUCGCCUGUGGAAGAGGGAUUUAAGUUCGAUGUGCCUUUGAAUGGGCGGUCUAGCAGCACGCCGUCCUCCAUUUCACCCUCCAUCGUCAAAUCUUCAGAAGGCUUUGCCUGCACUUGCCAGCAGAGGCAGCAGAGCAGCAUCCAGUCAGGUCUUCCUCCCCCUACAGUCUCUGGGGUUAUGUCCCAACCACCACCACCACCACCUUUACCAGGGGGUUCCACUGCACCUCCACCGCCACCUCCACCACCACCCCCACCCUUACCCGGGCUUGGACCUUGUUUCCCACCCCCACCACCACCGCCCCUUCCAUCAGGUACCGGAGCUCCACCACCUCCUCCACCCCUGCCUGGUUUCGGACCUCCACCCCCACCACCUCCUCCACCACCAGGCAUGGGCCCUCCCCCACCACCCCCUCCUCCAGGAAUGGGCCCCCCUCCUCCACCCCCACCUCCUGGCUUUGGGCCCCCACCACCACCAGGCCCCAUGCCUUCCAUGAUGAUCCAGGAAGCUGACCCUGCCAAGGCUAUGAUAGAACCCCCCAAGCCAAUGAAGCCACUCUACUGGACCCGCAUACAGCUGCAUGCUAAAAAACAUACUGUCUCACUGGUGUGGGAGAAAAUUGAGGAACCAACUGUGGAUUUUGAAGAAUUUGUGGAGCUAUUUUCCAAAAGCACUGUCAAGGAGAAGAAGAAGCCAAUUUCAGACACAAUCAGCAAGUCAAAGGCCAAGCAGGUGGUGAAGCUCUUAAGCAACAAGCGUUCACAGGCUGUAGGUAUCCUCAUGUCUAGCAUUCAUCUUGAUAUGAAGGACAUAGAGAAUGCCGUUCUAAAUAUGGACAAUACUGUUGUUGAUCUGGAGACUCUGCAAGCCCUCUAUGAAAAUAGAGCUCAAGAUGAUGAGAUGGACAGCAUUAAAAAGCACAUUAAAUCUGCCAAAGGCAAGGAAGAUGCCAAACCACUAGACAAGCCAGAACAGUUUCUGUUCCAGCUAUCACAAAUCUCCAAUUUCUCAGAAAGGGUGUUCUGCAUCCUUUUUCAGUCAACCUUCCAUGAAUGUAUCACUUCAAUCCUCCGCAAAAUUGAAAUCCUUCAGAAAGUGUGCAAGACUCUCCAGAGUAGUGAGGCCGUAUUGCAGGUGCUCGGCCUGGUGCUGGCUUUUGGCAAUUUUAUGAACGGAGGAAAUCGGUCUCGAGGGCAGGCUGACGGCUUCACCUUGGACAUUCUGCCAAAACUGAAGGACGUUAAAAGCAGUGAUAACUCCCAGAGUCUUUUGUCCUACAUUGUUGCUUACUAUUUAAGGCACUUUGAUGAGGAUGCUGGCAAAGAGACAUGUGUCUACCCUCUGCCUGAGCCCCUGGACCUUUUCCAGGCUUCCCAGAUGAAGUUUGAGGACUUUCAAAGAGAUCUCCGCAAGUUGAGGAAAGACCUUAAUGCAUGCUCUGCUGAAACGGAGAAAGUUUGCAAAUUGUCCUCUGAAGAGAACCUGCAACCAUUCAAGGACAAGAUGGAUGAAUUUCUCAAUCGAGCCAAAACUGAACUGGAAACGCAGGAGAACCAGCUAGCAGAAACUCAGAAGAUUUUCUUGGAGUUGAGUGUAUCCUUCUCAGUCAAACCAAAGGCAGGAGAGAAAGAAGUCUCUCCCCACACAUUCUUCUCCAUUUGGCAUGAGUUUUCCACAGAUUUUAAAGACCAGUGGAAGAAGCAGAAUAAGCUGAUCUUACAAGAGCGGGUCAAAAUGGCAGAGGAGUCUUUUAAACAGGCCAGGCAGAAGGCUUCCUACAAUGUGACACCCAAACAUGCAACUGGAAUAAAAGCAAAGUUGGGUAAGAAGAUCUGAAGCAGACAAUGGAAAAUUAUCAUCACCUAGCCUAUUGCACAAGCUGUGUUUGUACAAUCUGACACGAGUCAUCAGUCAUUUUUAGCGUUUAUUUGCUCCCAGUAUUUGUUUUCAAUUGGUUUAGGGCUGUCGAGUGUGAGCUGGUUCAAAGUGUAUCGUUUAAACUUGGGAUUAAAGCUAAUGUCCUUACCCACCAUUUCACAAAAUGAAACGAGUCUGUGUUAUAAAAAGGCAUCCCUAAGCUGAUUACUGAACUCAAGUUGCAUGAAAAUUUGCUAUAAAUACUUGGUGUUCUUUUUCAGUUUUGUUUUUUUGGUGACACUAUGUUCAAGCUUUAUCAGUAUACAUAAUAUGUAGCCAUUUUUUAUUGCCGUUUCCAACCCUCAGUUUCUAGAAAAACCAUUAACACGUUGUGUUCACAUCUCCCUUGAUGGUGAAAAGCACAGGAUUUUAUAAUAUUUCUAUAUGGUGCCUUAUUGCAUAGUGGAGACUUUAAAUGAGUUGAACAAAGCUUAUUUUUGAGAUGCAUCAAUUGUGAUUCAAUGAUACCUACAAGGAAGAAAAGUCUGUUUACAUGGCCUGAAAAAUAACAAAUUUACUCCUUUCAAGAUUUUCAUCUGGUGCGUUUCAACUGCGAAUUCUACGUGUUUUACAUACAGCACCUCAUCUUUUAGUGUUUUUUAUUUAAAUGGUCAUGUCUUUCUAAGUCAUGUGAUCUGAUAAAUCCCCACUAUUGUUCUUUUCAACAUUAGUGUAAAUAUGCUUUCUUUCAAGCAAAAUCCUAUGCAGAUAGUUUUACCUUUUGUGUUAUGUGAAAGAGUGUGAAUAUCCAUAGGCUAAAUCAGCAGUAGAAUCAUGUGAUGUGGUUUUAAUGUACAAUACCAGCACUGUGUUUUGACUGAAUACAUCUGACCAUUAAAAAUAAUAUAAAUAUAUAUUUAUUGAAUAAAAGACAUUACCCUGAUUUUUGUGAU